UGUUAGGGCCAGGGCCAACAAGGGGAGGAGGCAUAAAUGAAGGGCAUGGAAAGCAUGAAUAAAUUUUCGUUGUCUAGCAUAGAUCUCAUCGAACUCUUAACUAGCUUACUUGUUUGUUUCCCUGUUUAAUUUAUAAUGACUAUCCUUUCUAAUUCUUUGGUUUUACCCACAAAUCUUCCACUCCACCUGUCUUCUGGCUCUCAUCUAAAGCCAGCAGAUCAAAGCUUUGGGAGUGCCAGCCCCACCAACUUGUCAUUCAAUUCUAAUCGUUUAGGGAAACUCCAGCUUUCUACAUCUAGCAGGCCACUGAUGGUUCAAGCUUUGUACAGUGAUGGUGAAAGGCUAAGCAGUGCAAGCAUCUUUGUUGGAAGUUUUGUUUUGGGAGGACUACUGGUUGGUGCACUUGGAUGUGUAUUUGCUCCUCAGGUGAUGUUGGAUUUGCAAAUGGAUGCAAAAUUAAAUAUAUCUUUCCUGAUUUUUCCCUUUUGGAUGAUUAAAACCUACAGUCCAGAAACGUGGGAACUAUUAUUUAUCAGCAAGGCACUAGCGGGAGUCGAUAGGAAGGAUCUUAUGAAGAGGCUACCUAAAUUCAUAUAUGAUGAGGAAAAAGCUUUGGAGAAAACACGGAAGAUACUGACUGAGAAGAUUGCUCAGUUGAACUCUGCCAUUGAUGAUGUUUCUGCUCAGCUUCGAUCUGAGGAUGCCCCAAAUGGAGUUGCUAUGAACACUGAUGAAAUUGAAGCUGCCAUAUGAAUUGCCUUGCGAUUCACAUUGUGGUUUAACUGGUCUUGUUAUCCAUGUUAAGAAAUAAUAGGUGAAUAUUUAUUAUAAUUUUCUUGUUUUCACGGCAAACAGUGUAACUUGUUCUUUUGAAUAUGUGGUUGUUGUUGCCCAUAUACAUGAAUGCUGGCAAUUUUGCCAUACAUGAAGGUAAAGAUGGUCAAGAAAGAGUAACAUUUGAGGUGCUUCCUAGUUUUAGAAAUUGGUUUCCUAAAACUUAAUUUGCUACUUGGAACAAUCUUACUUCAAAUAAAUAUCUUCU